AUGUCGUAUUCAUCAUCUAUCCCCACUUGGACAGAAGAGAACCGCACUUUACAUGACACUAUAUGCCAGGCUCGAGUGAACAAAGACUCUGCUGUCGCAUUGCGACAAAUUCUUUACAUCCACAAAGAGAAGUUCUUGACGCUUCUGGACAGCGAGCCAAAGAACGCUCAGCACCGCACCAUGUUGAACUCCAACAAGGCAUACAUCAAUCGAGUGUCUCAUAAUGUCAGCAAGGACUUUGUCACAAGAGCGCUUUUCUUGUCAGACCAGCUUAACAUCAAUGAGCAUGUCGCAGCCACUUUAUUGAGACGCGCUACAUCUGAAGUGCCUCGUGUGAGCACCAAUUCGAUUGACGCUGCUGUAUUGUUGUAUCAUGAGGAACGCGGCUACCUGUUGGCGUGUUUGGACGCCGUUCUCAUAUCAGCAAAGGAUGCUUCGAUCAGCGACCAAGUUAGAUCUGUGUGCAACGAGUUUAUUGUGGAUUUAGUCAGAGAAAAAACCAGCAAUGGCGAGUCUUACUUUUCAAAAAUUUUGAGCACGCUGGACAAUCUCACAAAAACCAUCAACUCUAUUAUCACAACGGGAUCUGCAGUGGGCCAAAUGCCAGAAACGGGCAGUGGAAAGUUGGGCGACGAGAUUUCCGAUUUGCGUAUCGAGCGUUUGGGUGAUGAGCGUGUGUGCAUUGUCCAAAUCAUCUAUCACAUCACAUCGCUUUCAAGCAUCGACUCCAAGGACAAGCUCACCAUGUUGGAAAUGUUAGAAAAGGCACAUUUGAGCGACCCAGCCACUGCGUAUAUGAUUAUCGCCAUGGUCUCUGCUUUAUCGUACGACGGCGAAUCGGAUGCAAUGUCAACCAAUGAAUCCACCAUACAAUUCAUCGAUGCCUUCCACCAUAGAAUCAUGUCGCACGGAUCAGAAGUGCCCGUCAUCAAGGCAGUCGUUGUCCUUCAAUGGAUCUUGUACUUGUCAGACCCUGCUCGCAGCGCAGAAGCUAUCACACAACAAGGCGAACGCAGCGAAGAAGCUAUCAAAGAAUUGCUCGACCUUGCGAUUGCUGCAGAUGUGUUUCGAUUCAUGAACGACUAUUUACUGUACUUUCAGCAACCCAACGCCAAGAUCGAUACCGACAGAAAGCUUAUCAAGGACGACAAUGCGCAGGGCACGGCCAAAACCAUCGAUACCUCAGAUUUCCGCAACUUUAACGCUGAUAUUCGCACAGAUUUCCAACCCUUUGUCAUUUAUGAACUAGAGAAGCUGGGUAUUUUGAUCAUCUCUACUCUGUUCAGCACACUGCAAGAAUUGAAAUACAAGGAGGAAGACACCAAUAUCCCAGUACAAGCACCAUUGACAACAGACAAUGCUUUGCUCAGCAGUGGAAGCAGCUCAAACCAGUGCUACGAUUUGGAAUACUUUUUAACCUUCUUGGCAAGUGUGUUUCGUAAUCGAGUGAAUGAUGGCGCUGUCUUUUGGAACCGUGAGCAGAGAGGCCUUAACCACUUUACCCGAUGGUUACUGGAUAUCAAGGUGAUUGGCACUGUGUGUGCUGCAUUCGACUUUUUCGCCUCCAUCACUACUGGUGAUGCAUGUGCCACACAUAUGUUGGACUUUUUCAAGGCUGGUAUGGACACUCAACUCGCUUCCAGUGCCUUGUUCUCCUGGGGCAGACCUUUGGCAGCUCUCAACUUUUACGCCGACCUUCUCAAAGAUGUAUCAGACGAAUCCAAUGCAACAAUUCCUGAUCAAGAAGAGCAGCUCAUCCUCAAGUUUCUCAGUAUUCUAAAGCAGUGUGUCCAGUAUUCAAAGGAGGCUCGCAUCACCUUCUGGUUUGACCAAAACAUUGGCUCUCAAAGCAUCUUGAUCAAUUUACUUAACUGCCCUACAUCCACACGUCUCCGUGCUGCCCUAUUUGAUGUGCUGGCCGCAUUUUGCUCUGCUUGGGGUGGUGGCAUCGACGGUGUAGGCAAGGAAAUCUCAUACCAAGUGUGGAAGAUCCUCGAGGACAGUGACAUGCUGCUUGCCAAGCGCAAAAUCACACAAGAGCGCUCACAAAGUAUGUAUCAACCACCCGGCAUUUUACAAGAACUGGAAGCCGAGAAGAGCAGUCGAGUAUUCAUUGAAACAGUCUCUGUCAUUCGUUUGAUUGCUUCUGCUAUACACUCGCAAAGCAAGCGAGAAGCCCUUAUUUCUGGCUUCCGUGAUGCGCCUUCAAGCAUUCCUCUGGAUUUGGGCAAAGACAGCAAAAACCCUGGCUCCACUCCCUUCAUCUCACUUGUGAUGGACGACAUCUUUGUCUCUCUCUCGAAACAAAAGUACAGCUUUGCUGAUGCUCGCUGGGAGCUGACUGAGGCCUGUCUGUCAGUGAUGGAGAACAGUAUCGAAGCAUUCAAUAUCCAGGAAUUUGAGAACGAGCAAGUCAAAGCUACACUGAACAAGGAACUCAAGGCUGUGACAAUCAAUCCCUUUAUUGAGACAACCCUUGUCAACUACUAUCUGCAUCCUGGCUUCCAGGUGAUGGUGCGCAUUCUCUCGGGCGGUCGUGUUGUGGAUGAGAUAUUCUCAGUCAUUCAAGAGUGUGCUGCACGAGAAACCAAAGACGUAGAUAGCAUGCCCUACUUUAAGCAAUGCCUGGUGCGCUCUUUGCGCAUCAUCUACAAGACUCUCCAGAUGCAAUAUACCUUCUGCGACAUUCUGAUGCCAUAUAUCACUGAAUUUGCCAAAAAGAAAGCCUCAACAGGCCUUCAACUGGGACAGCUCAAUCUCUCUCAUUUGCCCACCGUCGUCUCCAUGGACCAGCUUGUGAGCUUUGAUGGCAAAAUCCUCAACCGCAUCAGUCUGUUGAUUGACUAUGGAGAUCAAGAAGAGAUCUGCUUCCUCAGCACCCGAAUUGUACAUCUCCUGUCUACCUCCAAGCUUGGACCCAAUGUUGCCAGUUCCCUGUCCUCCAGUAAAGAUGCGCUUGCCAUUGUGUUUGGUGUCAGUGAGAGACUCAGUAUCAACUUGCCUGAAGUCACCACAUGCGAUGACUACGAAUAUGAUAGCAACAACAUUCCUUUUUGGCUGGCAAAAGACACCAUGGAGAACAAGUACAACUAUCCCAGUGAUUUCACACGUCGCCUCAAUACAUCUGUUCGUCUUGCCCUGCUGAAUCUACUAGUUGACAAUGCUCAGCAAGCGUGCUCUCCCACACUCGCCGAAUUCUUACUGGGUUAUGAUUUGAAAGAAGGGGCUCUGACAAAGCUACAGGAUACAGACACCAACCAAGCAAGCCUGGUCUGUCUUCACGCUAUCUUAGACAUGCUGAGACAGGGCCUUGAGAAUGAGGAUAUUAGUGAAGAUACCAUGAUGGACGACACUGCAGAGCCAUCUCAAUUGAUGAUCGAUACCCAUCCUAUUCUCGCUGAGAAAUGCUAUGAAUUGGUCUAUAGACUCUGUGCCAAGAAGGGCCUCUCAACAGCUACUCUGCGUUACUUGCGUAAUCGUGAAGACUUCUUUUACAAGCAGUUCAAUAGCAUGUCCUCUCGUCUGGAACACAACAUUGAAGUGGAAUCCGCGACCUUCCCUGGUACCAUGGUGUAUAGCAAGGAAUCCACCUACAAGACUGAUUUCUUCAAAUUAAGAUCAAAGUUGCGUCAAAGGGCCUGGCUGUUGCACACCAUUGCUCUCGAACUACACAAAACCGUUGCCACAAAGCAAAAGAGCGAGACAAGCAAGUUACUGGCCUUAUUAUAUGGACGUCAGAGCGUAUACUCUCCAGAUGACAUGGAUACAGUGGAACAGCCACAGGAAGCUAACAUUUUUGUUUUCAACAACAACAACAACAACAACAACAACAACAACAACAACAACAACAAGUACCAGCAACCUCUCGUCAAAAUGCUCGAAUUCAUCAGCUCACUGGACUUUACUUGGGUAGACGAUUUGGCAAUGAAGGUGAAAUCACUGGAACUGCAGUAUUUCCCAGACUUUGAUCCUGCACUGUUUGAAAUUAAAACUGGCUCUGGACAUGAACUGUACAGCGUGCCCGCCAUUUAUAAAGAUUUGAGCCGAGUCAAGGAUCAUCACUAUGCUGAACACCCCCAACUGGUCGACAUUGAGACGGAAAUGGGCAACAUCUUGUCGUGGGCCAUGGCUCAAAAUCACGGCAGAGAGAUCGCGCAAGCAAAGCAGAAGUGCAUGGACGCAUGGAGAGAAGUUGUUAACAUUACUCUUAUUGAAUGCUUUGACCUCAUGGAUGCAGCCUACCGUCAAAACAUCAUUUAUGAAUUACUAGGCAUGCUACUCCCCACUGUUCUCCACUCCAAGAACUCUACCGGCCGUAUGCUCAAACGCAUGAACGAUGUUAUUCUGGCUCUAGUGAAUCAACUCGGCAUGGACGACAAGACAGCACAUGGAACCUCUCAGCAACUACCUGUGGAAAAACUGGGGUCUGUCUUUACAGGCAUUGUGAAUUGCAUCUGCGGCAAGGACACGGAUAUCGUUGUGCGUGGUGAUAUGUAUUCAGCCAUGACUAGCUUCCUCCUGUACACAGCCAAAUUUAAGGGUGAUAGAAAUAUUAAACAACUGCAGCAGUUCAUCGUAGAGAAGAUAUCAGCACAAGACUGUACAUUGUUAAACACCAUGUGCCAGGACGCUACUAAUGGUUUGGAUGUGUGGAAGACCACUGCUUACAUUGCCCUGGAUUCGUUGAACAAGUGUGCUCUCAGCGCUGGUAGUACGUCGGUGCAAUUCUACUUGAUCCAAAAGAACUUUUUGCAGUUCACCAUUGAAAUGAUUAAAUCAGACGAUGCCGCAUUAUCCAACUUGCUGGAGCAAUUAGAUGCCCCUCUACUCCCUCUGUACGUGUUUGAGGCCAAAAUGUCCAUUCUGCUUGGUUUUGCUAUGAAUCCCAAGGGCGCAGAAUUGCUGUACAGUCAUCGCAUCUUUGACGUGCUUGGCCAAUGUCAGUUCAUGAAGGCACAGAUACAAGAUCCCUCCACUACUGGAAUGAAUCUCGAAGCCUCGAUGGAACUGUCUGACCGUUAUCAACGCUUGAUUAUGCCAACUCUUGAGUUGAUUGUGGCCAUUUUGAUGGCAUUCCGUGCAAAGAACGAUGUUGUAUUGAAUAAGACGGAAAUCUGGGCAAGAAAGCAACAGUCGGCAUUAACAAGCAUGCUGAAGUAUGAAGGACGUCCAACUACAUUGAGUUUGUUGAGACAGCUGCAGUUUGUUACGACUAUUGUGUAUUUCAUAGGCUGUAGAACAGGCUACUUCAAUGAUCUCGCAAAACGAGGCAUCAGUCAAUUGCAUAACACAAUGAUGAACUUUGAGAUACCCGAAGCUUUAGCAGACAGUGUCAUCCCUGGUGCUACCGACCCAUCCCAAUCAAGGUUGAAAAUGGAAGCUGCAAAAAUGAUCGCAACCAUUAGACAUCUCACAACUGUAUAUAAAGCACGCAAUAAGUAA